AGUACCAGACAUUAGAUACAACUUUUUUUCUUGAAUUUGAACAAUGAGGUACGCUACAACAGGACUUGGUUUUCGCCAUUUGUAUUGAGAAAAUACCAUAAGCCUUAGAUCGGAUAUAUAAUUCACCAAUAUCAAACACAAAACAGACGUCCCAGACCCGGAAACUAAAGAAGCAACUAACGGGCGUAGCAUUUGGCGGGAGCAUGGAGUCUGGGUAGCCGGGCAAGAUGAUACGCAAUGCGACUUGUUCUCGAGUUUGCUGAGCACAUGCUGUAGGUUUUAGUUUCUCAUUCUGGCACCAUGCGAUCAAUUAUCCGUUCUAAACAUGUAUUUCUAUGCUCAUGAUCUAUUUUCCUUCGCGCAUUGGAGGUCGGUUUACGUCUCUGGAACCGCUGAGCUGGAGGAGCGAACGGCUAAAAUAAACGUCGUUCAAAGAGAACGAAUCGUUCAACUGCAAAUCACGUCUCCACUCGUGGACCGCAACUUCAAUGAGUAGGCUACAGGACAGAAGAUAACGUGUUAUCAUAGGAAACGGAAGAAAAACCGUUGAUAAUCUUUUCAUUCUCCAAUUUAGUUUCGUUACUUGUAUUUGUCAUUUCAACUUUUUAUUGAACAUCUCUCUGCUUGUAAUUAGUUCUGUUGACAUAUCCCUUUCAAGCACUUAAUCUGCGUCUGAAAUAGUGUAUUUUACGCCUGCAACUGGUGACAAACGUUAGGAUUUUGUCAGCGGCAGGUAGCCUAGUGGUUAGAGCGUUGGACCAGUACCCGAAAGGUUUCUGAAUUGAAUCCCCGAGUUGACAAGCGAGAGAUGCAUCUGGUCCUCAGGGUACUGUGUAUCUCUAUGCUCACACUGUGUUGCCUGAGUAGCACUGGUGAGAUAGGUUGUAAACAAUGGACAACCUCUGCUGGUUCUCCUGAUGUCUGCUGUGAAAGGUGCAAUCCAGGGAACCGUCUGGUGACACACUGUGGACCAGACCCAGAAAAGCUCUGCGUUCCAUGUCGGAAUGAGACCUAUACAACUGAUGGUACAUCACACUCCUGUCUCAGGUGUACUCAGUGUGUAGGUGGCGCCCAAUUCCUUAAGGCGGCCUGUACAAAAAGCAAGGACACAGAAUGUGACUGUAGGGCAGGAUUCCGAUGUGGUGAUGACCACUGCUCCUUCUGUGUUGAGGAGUGUGGGACGGGCCAGGAACCUCUUCCCGCUGCAAGGUCCUGCCGGAAUUGUCCAGAAGGGACCUUCAAUGACAAAAUCCAUGAGAAGUGCAAGUCUUGGAGAACAAGCUGUCUGCAUCCCAAUGAACACAUUGUUGCAGUGGGAGAUGCAGUCAGUGACAGCAAGUGCGGCAUUGCCAACAUUGUAACGCCAGAAGUCAACACCUUACCUUCAACACAGGCGGACCCUGAGGGGCUUUUUUGGGCUAUAAGUGCCUCAUUUGGGGUCUUUAUCCUCCUUAUCGUCUUGUUUCUGGUCAUCAUCAUCACCAAAAAGAAGCCAGAGAAGACAGCCCCCAAGGAGCCAACCCUUACUGAGCUAACUCCCCCUACAGAUGAACCCAGGAGCCUGGUGGUGACCAGUUUCCACCACCCUCAGCAGGAGCAGGGCAGCAGCUCUGAAAUCCUGUGCUCCCAAGACUUUGAGACCAAGCUCCUGCCUGUGUGAGUGGCAGUGGACUUACUUUCAUGUGUUUUUGUUCCACUUUACUUUAAUUUAUUUAAGAGUAUUACUGAUAUGUUGCAUUGUUGGGAAAGGCAUUUCACUGUACUUGUGGAUGUGACAAUUAACUUGGAACAGGGUCAUACUGGGUCUGACCUAAUGAUCACUACUUCACACGGGCACUCUGAUGCCUACACAUUGCUAGCCUCAAGCCCGGGCUGAUGCUACUGCUGAUACAGUUGGACUCUAGCUCUGCUGGACCAUGCUACUGAGUCGCUGGGAAUAAGACAGAGGCUUAGAUCAUUUUUUGAAUUUGUGAUAUAUUUUUAUUCUGUGAUAUUUCUAAUACCUCAGUCAUUUUCUUAUCACACAAGCACAUUCAAAGGUAAACUAGGUCACUAUGUUAAGAUCAUGUACAUGUCAGCUAGCUAGUAAACUGAUAUUCAAAUGUCAGUAGUGAUGGGGAAUUUUAGGGGGAAAAACACUGAUGUCACUAUAUGACAUAUGCAUUAGCAAUUGGCUGCAGCUGGACUAGUUCAACUAUUUACAUUUCCUGGUUUCAUAAACUGAUGGCAAGUGUCCUUUAUGGCCUGAAUAUGUAAUACUACCUUCAUACACAUUUCAAGAGUAGUAUCAGAGCCAUGACUAUAAUGUAACAGUGAAUGAGGGGGUACAGCAGUACAACAUAGGAAGCUCUGUAUAGUUGUGACUGGCAGCCUCCAUGCCUCCCACUGGCUUAUACAGUAUCAUAGUCACGUUUUCUCAGUUCCCUGAAUGGCUAAACCUAGCUGCCCACAGUUUAAGCUGAAGGGAAUAUCCCUACUUAAUAUACUGUACAACCCGAGGUGUGACGAACGUUUCAUUGCGCAAGGUAUGACGAAGAGCAAGUACAGGGUAAUGCCUCAGCACUUUAAGAAUUUCAUUUAUGAUAACAAUGUACCACUGUAGUACAGUAUGUGACUUGGAGCCACUUUCCUGUGUGAAUGUACUGCUUUUGUUGGCUGGUAUAGAGUUAAGGACAUUCCAAUUGGAGCAUUCAUCCCACCCUCCCCUGUAACCAUUCACCAAGAGAUUGCUGUAAAUGAGAAUGUGUUUUGUCAACCUACCUGGUAAAAUAAACAUUGACAAGGACA